AUGCUUGAAUGGUGUGAGUAUGAGAGAGCACAUCCGAGGUCAUUCCCUGUGAUCAAAUCUUGGGACCAAAGGAUGCUGGACGACAGAAUAAGGCUUCAGGGAAUCAAUUUCACAGAUGUCCAGACACUUGAACGUCUCAAGAAACCGUCCUCAGCAACAUCUCGAGAUGAGCAACCAGAGGCUGAAUCACAGAAGGAGGAUACACAGGGAAUCCCCAACACACAGCAAGUCUAUGACCUUGCCGCUCUUUACGAAAAAUUCUACCAGUUGAUUAUCACGAUGAGCAAAACUGUUUUAGACAUUCGUGAGAAGGAAAUGGAGUUAAGAAUCGAACCAGAUGAACAAGCAAAGCAAACAAUCAAGAUCCUAUCAGAUGCAAUGGUGUCGAUGAGUAGAAAGAUGCCUCCGCCUUCAGAACAUGCAACGAAUGUCUCCACGACAGAAAAGAAGAGAUCCCAUCAAGAUUCCACCGAGCGGGAUUCAGCUGUGACAUCCACCUAUACCAAAAGGUCGAGAAGCACUGGUACCAGGAAAAGGAAAGCAUUGAAAGACGCAAGUAUCCCAAGCUUUAACCUGGGUAUCUUCUCCAGUCAAGAAGACAGUUAUGAGACAACCCAGGAGAAGAACACUCAGGAAGAUGUCACAGUAAAGGUUGAUCUGGAUAAAGAUGUGAAUGAGACUAUAGAAGCAGAAGAAUAUCCAGUACCAUCUGCUCUGGACGAAACAAAGAAUCCCAUUCCUUACAUCGAUGAAAUUAUAACAAGGGCCAGUGCACCAGCUUCAGAGACGUUGAGUGAUACAGAAAAACUAGAGAUCAUUGCAGCUGUUGCAGAACAAGUUGAGAAAAACCCAGAGGUGGUUGAAGCAGUCCCUUUAAGCAUAAUUCCACCCGAUUGGAAUGCUGCUUCUACCACGGGUCGUCUACUCAUGCUGGACAAAAAUGAGUGUACCACGCCACCGCCUGCAAUCUCAAAGAAAGCUGAAGUACUUGAUGAAGGCUUAACAAAGACAGUGGAAAAGAUCCUCAAACAAAAACCUAGGAGGAGAAAUCCACCAAGAAUCCACCGGUUGCCCGAACGGUUCAGGUCGCCGUUCAUGCUGCAGAAGAAAAACAAGAAAAAAUUCAUACAGUUGACAGAGGAGAACAAGAAAAUGACCGAAGAAGAAGCCCUGUUGAUAGAGUUCGCUCUCUUGCAGAGACAAGAAGAAAUUGUUAAAUCAGCGAAUUUCUUGUUUGAAUUUGGAAAAAUUGUUUGGGCAGACAGGACAACAUUCUAUUCCAUGAGGGAAGGCACAUGGACAGAAAACAACAUCAUAGAUGCUUGGGCUGUCAUCCUAAACAAAGAAGAAGCUAAAAGUGACUCCCCAAGUCGGAUAUUCUUUGGUGUUUCCGCAUUUGAUAGUAACAAAGAGGAAAUCGAGUUCACAUUCUAUGAGAGGUUGGCUCUUGAACUAGAAGAACAAGGACUCAGUGUAGGAUCCCUGAUAGUGGCAAAAGCCAUCUAUUUCCCAGUGCACUACAGAGAACAUUACUUCUUGUAUGUGUUGCUGGUUCAAGAAAAGAAAGUCCUCGCAUUCAACAAUCUUCGUGCAAAAGAUCUGGACUACUACAAGCCAACAAAAGAUCUACUUUUUCGGUUCUUUAAAAUGUACAUUCAAUGUGUGUUUCCAAACAUAGAACUGGUCAAUGCUCAGUUGACCUUCACAGAGGUUACGCUACCAUCUCACAACGACAAAAAGCCGAAUGCGGAAGAUUGUGGAAUAUUCACAAUGCACCACAUGGAGAAGUAUGAUGGUGGUGAAUACGAGGAUGGUACUACUUUGGAUUUCCACACAGGAAACAUCAAAGAGUACCGGUGGAGAUACAUGUUAAAAAUCCUUAUGCACCCAUCCAACAAAAAUAAGGACAAAAUCCUCGAAGCAAUGCACCAGUUCUACACAAAUACUGCUAAAGAAAAACCAAAAGAAAUUCCAGAUCAUGUUGAUUUGAGCAGCAAAUCUUACUACAAUGACAAAAAAAUUCAGGGAUGGGUUAAAUGA